AUGGGUCGCGGCUCAGCCACGUCACUCGCUCCUGGCUUCCGUUUCCGUCACCGAUGUCUACAAAUCCGAGCCUUGGGAUCUACCAGAGACUUGGAGUGGUACUUCUUUAGUUUGCUUGAUAAGAAGUACAGUAACGGUUCCAAGACGAAUCGUGCUACUGAGAGAGGCUAUUGGAAGACUACAGGGAAAGAUAGGGAGAUUCGUAAUGGGUUGUCAAGGUGUGUUGGGAUGAAGAAGACUCUUGUUUUAUAA